AUGUACUAUUGUACUGAUACUAAAAAUUUUUUUGGAGAUGUUCAAUCAUUAGUAUUUUUUCUAAAAGCUCGCAAAAGAGCAGCUGUUUUUAUUGAAUGCCAAAAAAAAAUGUAUAAAGAUGAGAGAGUUUUGCGAUUGAAAAGUUUUUCAGAUACUCGAUGGACCUCACAUGGUAAAGUUUUAAAUGUCAUAUUUUGUAAAUAUAAAGCAUUGAUUGAUGCUUUAGAAGUCUUACAAAAUUCUAGUGAUAGAAUUACAGCAUCUAGUUCAAGGACAUUUUUAAAGACAAUUUCAACUUUUAAGUUUGUAUUAUGUUUAAUAUUUUUUAAAAAUAUUUUCAUUGUGACUACACCACUUUCUAACUACCUACAGUGUAAAACUAUUGAUUUCUUUGAAGCAAUACAAUUAGUUAAUGUGGCAAAAAAAAAGUUAAGUGAAAUGCGAUCAGAAUGCAAGUAUGAAGUAUUUAUUAACGAAGUUAAGGAAUUUGUGAAUUUUAAUAACGUACCAGAAAAAGACUUUAAAGAAAUGAGAAAAAGGACGAGAAAGUUACUUGCAGGAGAAACUCCAGAUGAUAAUUCAAAUGUUUCUUCUAUGGUUCAAUUUAAAAUUAAGACAUAUUAUGCUGCUCUUGAUAAAAUAACAAUGUCAUUACAUGAAAGAUUUAGUCAAUCACAAGAAAUACUAAAAGAUUUGGCAAUAUUAAAUCCUGAUCGUUUAAUGGCGAAAGAUUCACAAAAUCUGCCCAGUGAUUGUUUUCAACACAUUUCACUGUGGCUUGAAAACAUCAAUACUGACCAACUCAGGACAGAAUAUAUUCAAUUUAAAAAUAAUAUUUAUGAACUUAUAAAUGGAUUAGAAUUACCUACUGAGAUUCAUGACGACACUAGCAAAGUACAAAAUACUGAGAUUGAUGAGAAUGAUGAUUGUUCAAGUAAUGACGGAAAUUUGAAUAUCAUGGAUGAAAAUAUUGAUUUGAAUAAAAAUGUAACUAUUAAAACUAUAAUUCAAUUAUUGACUAAGUAUGGACUUGACUCAGCCUUUCCUAAUUUGCACGUUGCGUAUAGAGCUCUGGCAACAAUUCCAGCAUCAUCUGCAUCAGCUGAAAGAUCUUUUUCAAAGGUGAAAUUGAUUAAAACAAGACUAAGAUCAACAAUGGGGCAAGGUAGAUUAGAAAGUCUCUUACUUCUGAGUUGCGAAAGAGAUAUUCCAAUAGAUAUAAAUAUUGUUAUUGAUAUAUUUUCACAGUCUUCAGAUCUCUUAAAAAAUGCAUUAACUUUUAAAUAAUACUACAUUUGAAGUUUGUCAUAAAAAAUGUCUGUUAUUGUCAUUGUUA